CGUAAAUAUAUGGAAUGAGAAAUGAACACUGAAAAAAGUUGAAAAAAUAUUCCAGUUUGAAGAAAAAAUAAUAGUAAUGAGGUGAUUUCGUGAAAAGACAAUAAUAAUUCAACCCUUGAGCUAUGAGGUCUAUACCAAAAUGGGUUGACAAAGUUCAAGAUAGUGAAAAACAAGGACAAAGCAUUUAUGAUCUCUGUUUCAACCCUGAGGGUACCCAACUGAUAGUAGCAGGUGGAAACCACGUUUUAGUUUACAACACCAAUGAUGGUAGUCUCAUACAACUCCUGAAAGGCCACAAAGACAAAGUACACUCAGUAUGUUAUGCGAAAAAUGGAGAAAAGUUUGCCAGCGGGAGUGCAGACAAAAACGUGAUAAUUUGGUCCAAUAAGCUAGAGGGUUUGCUCAAAUACAGCCAUGGUGAUUCAGUUCAGUGCCUUGCAUUCAAUCCCCUGUCUCAUCAACUAGCUUCCUGUGCCUUAUCAGACUUUGCUUUCUGGAGUACAGAGCAAAAAGCAGUUCAGAAGCAUAAGAUAAAUGUGAGAAUAAACUCUUGUUCUUGGACCAAUGAUGGCCAAUAUUUAGCUCUAGGUUUAAACAAUGGAGUCAUAUCAAUUAGGAAUAAGUUAGGGGAAGAAAAAGGCAAAAUAGAAAGACCCAAUGGUCCUUCCAUAUGGGCACUAAACUGGAAUACAAAUAAAGAAGACCAAACUGACACACUUUGUGUAACAGACUGGGGCAAAACUCUGUCAUUUUAUACCUUGGGUGGUAAAAUGAUUGGGAAAGAAAGAAACAUAGGUUAUGAGGCUCUCAGAGUUAGAUACUUUCCCCAUGGGGAUUUCAUACUGACUGGAGGAUUGAAUAUGGCUUGUACUAUGUAUACGAAGGAUGGCAUCAAAUUAGGUGUCAUUGGGGAUAUUCAAAACUCCUGGGUGUGGUGUUGUGAAGCUCAUCCAAAUGGAAAUUUUGUAGCUGUGGGGUGUGAAGAUGGGACUAUAGCAUACUAUCAACUUGUAUUCAGUAUGGUACAUGGGCUCUACAGAGAAAGAUAUGCUUAUAGGGAGAACAUGACAGAUAUCAUAAUACAACAUUUGAUAACUGAACAAAAAGUCAGGAUCAAGUGCAGAGAUCUCAUUAAAAAAAUCGCCAUUUACACUGAUAGAUUAGCAGUUCAACUUCCUGAAAGAGUUGUUAUCUAUGAACUCUAUUCCAAAGAUGCCAAUGACAUGCAUUAUAGGGCUAAAGAAAAAAUAACACAAACACUGGACUGCAACCUAUUAGUUGUAUGUUCAGAACAUAUCGUCAUUUGUCAGGAGAAAACCUUGCAGAGCAUGUUUUUUGCUGGGGAAAAGGAAAAAGAGUGGAACUUUGACAGCCCCAUUAGGUAUAUCAAAAAUAUCGGAGGACCGCCUGGGAAAGAAGGUUUGCUUUUAGGACUCAAAAAUGGUCAAGUUUGGGAAGUGCAUUUGGAUAAUAUUCAUCCCCUACUGAAGGUGACUUCCAACGAUGGCAUCAGGUGUCUGGAUUUGAGUCAAAGAAAAGAAAAGUUAGCAGUAGUGGACGACACAGGCCUCUGUCAAAUAUUCAAUGCCAGAACGGAAGAAUUGUUCUUUCAAGAGAUGAACGCCAACAGUGUGGCUUUCAACAAUCUCUACGAAGACAUGCUCGCUUUCAGCGGCAACAGCAAUUUGUCGAUAAAAGUUAUGGAUUUUCCUGCGCAUGUGCAGAAAUUGAACGGAUUCGUGGUGGGCCUGACGGGAUCUAAGGUGUUUUGCCUUAACGGCUCGACAAUGAACACCCUGGACCUACCCCUCAGCACUCCCAUGUACCAGUACAUCGACAAGAAAAUGUACUCGGAGGCGUACAGGGUGGCCUGUUUGGGCGUGACCGAGGGCGACUGGGAGGAACUCGCCCAUUCCGCUUUGGAACAUUUGGAAUUCGAGGUGGCCAGAUUGGCUUUCAUCAAAUUACAGGACUUCACCUAUUUGGAAUUGAUACAGGAGUUGCAAGAGAUGCAACAAAAAGGCGAUUAUCCGAAAGAGGUGAUGAUCGGAGAUGUCUAUGCUCAUAAGGGCAAACUGAAAGAAGCUGCCAAGCUCUACCAGAAGGUCGGUCAGGAAUUCAAGGCCCUCACGAUGUACACUGAUCUCAGGAUGUUCGACGAAGCGCAAGAAUAUCUCGGCGCGAACGACAACAGCGAGUUGAUUCGACGCAAGGCCGACUGGGCGAAAAACAUCAACGAGCACAAAGCCGCCGCUGAUAUGUAUUUGUCUAUCGGGGACGUCAAAGCGGCCGUGGACAUUUUCGCGGACAGAGGAUGGACGGAUCAGCUGAUCGAUGCCGGCAGGCGGCUGGACAAAUCCGAUAGGACGUCCUUGUUGGCGAUAGCGCAACAUCUGAAGCGACUAAAUCAGUCCUCGGCCGCAGCCGAGAUCUACCGAAGGCUCGGCGAUUCCGCAGCAGUUCUACAACUGCACGUCGAAGCGAAAGAGUGGACGCAAGCGUUCGCCCUCUGCCGCGACCAACCCCAAUACAACUCCUUGGUGUACGUGCCCUACGCCGAAUGGCUGGCCGAGAGCGAUCAGUUCCUGCAGGCGCAAAGGGCCUUCCACAAGGCGGGGAAAGCCGAAGAGGCCUUCAAGGUCUUCGCGCAGCUGACUAACAAUGCCGUCAGCGAAAAACGGUACCACGAUGCCGGGUACUACUAUUGGAUCGUUUCCAGGCAGUAUUUGGAUAUGUGUAGAGAGAACGAGGCGAAGCGAGAGGUUUAUCUAGAACGGUUUCGCGAAAACGAGAAGUUGGCCGAAAUUUACUAUGCAUAUAAUACGAUCCACAAGUAUCUGGAGGAACCGUUCACGUCGUAUAUGCCGGAGGCGCUUUUCAACAUUGCCAGGUUCUUGAUGAUCGAGACCCACCAGAAAAGGAUAAAAGGCGUAUCCACAUUCUCCAUCCUCUACACCCUGGCCAAACAAGCUAGAAAGCUCGGCGCCAACAAGCUGAGCAAACAGCUCUUCGACAAAAUCCGCCAUUUGGUCGUACCGCCCAAGUUCCAGGAGCAAGUCGAAAUAGCCGCCGUAUCGUCCAGAGCUAAACCCUACAGCGAUCCCGAGGAGUUGUUGCCGAUGUGCUAUCGGUGUUCCACUUACAAUCCGCUGUCGGGAGACACGAACGAUUGUGUCAAUUGCGGCGAGAGUUUCGUCUAUUCUUUCGUCAGUUUCGAGCUGUUGCCUUUGGUGGAGUUUCAUUUGGAGGAGGGGAUUAGCGACGAAGAAGCAGAAAGGCUGAUAGAGACGCCUCCUUCGGAAAAACGUGAAAACUGGAAGGAAAGCAUCGAAGAAAACCAACAAACCCUCAGACUCGACCACCCUCAAGAAGAAGAAUCCGAUCCUUUCGCCACGAAAAUCACAAAAGACGGUCGUUUCCAACCGGUAGUCGUCGAUCGCGAGACUCUCCUUUCUCUGGACAGCUCCAGCGUUGUCGUUUGCAGAUGGCCGAUGCCGCUGAAGCGUCGGUUCUUCAGGAACCUGCUGCCCGAUUUGCACGUCAGCAUGUGCGAAUUUUGCUUCAAGUGUUUCCACGUGGACGACUUCGAGUUGCAGACGUUGCAGAACGGACAUUGUCCGUUUUGUAGGUGUUCGAGCGAUGAAGGUAGUGUCGGGGAUGAUAACUAGGUUAGAGAAUUAAAAUGGCCUCGAAUUUGGGUCUGAACGUAUUUUUAGACCAAUCGGGACAUUAGGCUGCUGAACUGGUAUUUGAAUUUUUCGCGCCCGAUCCACGUUCAAAUUUGUUUACUCUGCAAUAAGGGUCCAUCGCUGGAUUAAAAGCCAAUCAAUCAGUACAGUCGUAUUGAAAAAAAAGCACACAUGUAUAUUAGAGAGAGAGAGCAAUUAUGGUCAUCCAAUUUGCAUAUAACGGGCUAUAGGGAAUGAUUGUUUACCAAAUGUUGACAGUAAAGUAGGUGAGAUGUUUUUAAAUCCUCUGGUGUGCACACUCUUCGAUUGUUUCGUCAUACUAGCUCUCGAUAUGAAUAAUUGAAUGCGAUUUCGACACGUGGGCUUCUCAUAUUCGAUGAUAGAUGGCGUGACCGACGGACAAUUUCUUGAAAAAUUUCAAAAUGCGUUUCGAAUCUUAUUAUGAAGUUAAACUAGACUUUUAAUGAUGUAUUUUCCUUCUUUCGGGACCUGAAGAUUCCCGUUGAUGAUGCACAAAUUCUAUAAUAGCCGAUAAGAAGAAUCUAGAGACAGGACGUAGAAGAGACAGGGCGCAACAAAUAAUCCAUGUGGAUAAAUGGACACUUUGAAUUUUCUUCAUAGAAGCCUCUAGUUCAUUCUUCAAUACAUUAUAUUCACAAAUAUUUAUUUAAAAAAAUGCUUGUCGACGGACCCUUCGGUUAAUUCAUUCUAGAAGGGAAUGCGCUUUGGAUCAUCAUGAGAAAAUUAUAAAUACUUGCACACACUUCUCCUCCAGUAGCAAUCUAAUUUUUUAUAUCCGAUUGAUGGGUUUAUCUUGAUGAGAGUAUAGUAAAGUAUAUCAAAAUCAAAUAUCAAUUCCAAUUUUGUCAAUAAAAUGAUAAAUUUGAUCUGUCUUGCCUAAAAUGUUGUUACAGACCCAAAAAAAGUGUUUUUGUUGCGAAUGCGCCGUUUUAAGUAUUUAAAAAUUACGGCCUACGUAGAAUUCCUCUGAUUGGUCUAAAUAUGCGUCUACUAUGAUGAGGGUUGGAGGUUGGUGCCACUAGAGGGCCAACGACCGAAAAAUUCGUCCAGAUGAAACAAAUGAAUAUCACAAAGCUGAGAAACAAAUACUAACUUUGUUUCUCACAUUAUACCUUGAAUAUUUUCUAAAAUAUUGAAAUGCUUCACGGUGUGCUUUGUUGGUCAGAUUUUUUAACCCUCAUUGGGUGGCUAAUUACAUUGAUAAGUGUUGAGUUUUAAAUUGUGUUAUAUAUAUUAUG